AUGCUGGCUCAAUCUUCCACCGCCCAGCAGCAGGUCGUGCGGGUCGUGGCUGUCGUGGUCGCUUCUCUAGGUCUCUGGUAUUUCUGGCUCACAAAUUACGACUCGCUAAAGAGCCUGCCUCACCUUACAGGCUUUCCAACUCUCGCCGAGGACGACACCGGAACGCUCGAUUUCGUCCGCCGAGCAGCGCAAUUCGCACAUGUAGAGCUCUCGGCAGAGCUCAAAUACACCAAGAGAUGCAUCACGGCAGCUAAAGGCGUCUCACACGACCGACACGAGGUCGUGGAUGUCGCCGAGCCGCUGUUCACCGAGCCACUCGAAGUCGACCAAGGACAGCCAGGUCGAGUGAUAAAUUCGUGCGUGCCGAUUGCGCUGCCCUUUGCGGAUGCCUACCCAAAGACUGCGAAAUACAAUGAUCUCGCCUUCGGCAUGGCGACAAAGUACGGGCGCCUGUUGGAGUCUAUCGACACUAUCGCCUACUGGGCGGGCGAUCGAGGCUCGUUACUCGCCGUUGUGGUCGAAGACUAUAUGGAUCACGAGAGCGAGGUCAUGGAGCUCCUCGCCGAGUUUCGCAGGCGCAACGUCAACGCCCAGUUCAUGCCUCCCUUCGCGCCCAACCACACAAUGUCACAGUCACACUUCAUGAUACUCAACAAGAUGAUAUCCGAGACGGGACCGGAAACGAAAUGGUACGGGCUUCUCGACGACGAUACAUUCUUCCCGCACCUAGCGCCACUUUCCGCCGCCCUCGGCUCGUUCGACUCCGACAAUAAGGACCUCUACGUUGGCGGGCUGACCGAGGACUGGGGCUCGAUCAGCCGAUUUGGGCUGAUGGCGUAUGGUGGUGCGGGUGCUUAUCUCUCGGCUCACCUCGCAAGGAAGCUUGGGGCUAUGGAUCAGGCAUUACGGUGCCUCGAAGAGUCGCCACCCGAGCUGGGCGACAUCAUCAUUCGCGACUGCAUAUACCGGCACAGCGGUGCAAGGUUGACGGUCCUGCCGGAUUUGUAUCAACAUGAUCUCCUUGGCGAUCUACGCGGCUUCUUCGAGUCAGGCGUUGAACCGCUCAACCUCCACCACUGGAAGAGCUGGUACCACGAGCCCGUCAUCGCCAUGGCACAAGCGACGGACUUCUGCGGAAACUGUUUCCUUCAACGAUUCGCGUUCAACAACGACACAGUCCUCGCGAAUGGCUACUCGAUAAGCUUCUACCCGAAAGGUCUGGGAGCGAUCGAUCUCAACAAGAUGGAGCGAACCUGGGGCAAUGUGUAUGGUGAAGAGGACCCAAAGUACGGAUACACUCUAGGACCACUGCGAGACAGAGUGCCUGAUGGCGAGCACAAAACGUACUAUCUCAAGUAUACAGAGGCGAGACAGCGCGUCAUGCGACAGCUGUAUGUCUGGAAAGGUCUCAAGGGAGCAGCGGACGAGGUUGUCGAGCUCGUUUGGACGAGGUAA